GAAGCAGGUUAAAUAUUAACUAAACCUAUAAAGUGGUCUACCCACACACGAGGCACGCAAUAUGACGGGUCUAGGAGCUGUUUUGAUCGCGGUGACGGCUGCUUACUACAUCAUCCAAGCUGAUGGCGUUGAUGUAGCUAUCCCCAGCAACCAGCGCAUGCAAAUGAUUGGCCUGGAUUGUGUCAAGUUUAUGUGGUCGGCAUGUAGCCCUCCUCAAAACUGUACCGUAAACCUAAAGUUGAAGAAACUGAAGUCAUCCUCAACCAACCCCUCCGUGACAAGCCCUUUUAAUAACCUUAGUCCGCAACUGACCUCUGACAAUAAGUCCUACAUAUUCUGUGUGAUGAAUAAUGGUAACGAGAGUAGCUUCCUGGAUGGCGGUUGUUGUCAGAGAAGUGGAAUUGGUUACCACGAGUUUGAGUUCAAGCAGUAUGAUUACAUGAGCUUCCAUGUCGAGAACUGUGCUGCGGACUCAGAGAACUGCGUUUCCAACGCGAAGCAGCCUUGGUCAACUUAUGUUAUCCCUAGUAAAAAUCCAUGCAUCACAGGCAGCCCUUGCAAGAAUCGCGCCACGUGCAGUUCAAGGGUUGCCAACGAUUUCAACUGCACUUGUAUCGGUAACUGGGUCGGGAAAGAUUGCAGUGAUCAGCCAACCUCUCGCCCAAAAGCAGAUGCCUCUCCUCUCGUAGGAACAGUAGCGCUCUUUUUGACUCUUCAAGUUGUGAUACAGCUUAUUUAACAACAUACGAGGAACCGACGAUGCUGCUGCAUCUGGAAAAUCUUUAAAGUAUUUUUUGUUUGUUUUCUUGUAAUCCUAUGAAGUGACUGAAAGUUGACUUUAACAGCACACUAGCAUACACACAUUGCACCGGUCGGGCCAAGACGGGACGCUAGCACAGUCUAUUACCCGUGCAGUUCGGCAACCAUGGACAGCUGUUUCGUCCUUAUUAGGACUCGUCAGCAUGGCAUAGCCGGUUUGCUUCAGUUAUAACUUCAUCGUCAAUAAACUGCAGGGCGACUUCGACUCGAACGGGGAUUUUCCCGUGCUAUUUGAUCAGCACGCCGCAUGAUGCAGCGGUUUAUUGCAUAGUGAAAGUAGUGGCGGCGGACAGGGGGCAGCAAGGGGCAAGCUUGUCCCCUGACUUGAAAAGUGUGUGUGUGGCGGGAGGGGCGGGGGGGGGGGGUUGGGGUUGGGGGGGGCAUUUCCUUUCUUGUUAAAUUCCCAAUUGACAAAGAAUUUGGAAAAGAAAUACUAGCAAGGUUUUCAAGAAAGGGGGCGGAUUCAAUGUUCCUACGUGCAUUUUCUCAUAUUACUUGUUAUUUUUAAGGUCGCUCGGCCAACUCUUAAAUCCGCCGCCUCUGGUUCCUUAUGACAAAUAAAAAAGAAUCAUAAUCCAA